AUUUCUACAUCCCGCAGCAGGAAAUCGAGCUCUUCUUCCCCAAAUUCACCCCCCGAAAAGAACAUAGGAAUUAGGGUUUGGAGAAUUAGCUGAAUUGCAAAACUCCCCUAAUUGAUCCACUGCCCACACUUCUGUAAAAAAUUGAGGAUUCCGUUGAGCUUUACAUCGAUGAAGGAAAAAACUGGGGACGAUGGAGGCCGGAAAAGAUUUAACGGCCAAAAUUCGAAGACGAAGAAGAAUAUGCAGAGAUUGGGCGGGAGAGGGCUUUCUCUUGAGGCAUUCGCCAAUGCUAAAUCACAUAACCCAAAUGCUUAUAAUCCCGCCAUUAUCAAGAAGCAGAAGGAAUUUUAUAAGAAUGCUAAGUAUGUGAAAAAGUACAAGAGCUUAUUAAAACAAGAAAAGCAGCAGAAUGAAGUCCCAACAACCAGGAGACCGAGACCCUUUGAGCUGAGAAAUGAGAGUGGAGAAGUUGCCGAUGGGAAGCGGGACCGAAAGAAAGAGAAAAAGAGUGAAGCACAGGUUCUUGAAGAGAUAGCUAACAAGCAGCGGGAAGAGCAAGAGAGAGCCAGGAUAGAAAGGGAAGCUUCUGUUCUAGCAAAGCAGGAUGAAAAGCAAAGAUCAGAAGCCCGAAGGAAAUCUUUGAAGGAGAAGAUGUUCAAGAAAACAAAGUCCGGACAACCUGUGAUGAAAUAUAGAAUCGAACAUAUCCUUGAAACGCUUCAAGGUUCAUCGGGAUAGGUUUUGUUGUAUACAUUGUUGUAUAUUGACCUUGUUAAAUAUCUCACUUGUAGUAAAUUCUCCUUGUCGUCGAAUGAGUAAUUUUGUCCUUAUUUUGGGCUUUUUUUUGUAAUGGGACUACUGGAUUAAAAGUACUGUUGUUUUCUUGACAUUCUGAUAAGGUGAUAAUGGUGUUUUCUUUGAAAAUAAAAGCUAAGGUAGAACAUUUUGUUUGGAGGUUAUUCAAAGGUUGGGUUCCAGUUGAGGACUUGAGGUAGACAGGAUUUGCAAAACCUGUGGUAUCGAGUUUUUGUCUUUGGAACAUGUCCUCUUUCAUUGUAGCUUUAGCUUUGUGGCAGUUAGCAACUGUGAGAUGGGAUGGAUUGCAACAUCUAAUGGGUAGCUUUACAAUUGGAGCUGUCUGAUAAAGGCAACCAGCAGGAAAGAAUUCCAAGAAAGAGUGGAGGCUUCGGCUCAUAUAAUAUGGCCAUUGUGGAAAGCAAGGAACGAGUGGCAAUUCAAAAGGGAGAGGAAGGAAGCGUGGAUGGUGGUGGGCAGGAGUUUCAGAGGAUCAAGCUGGUAAGAGAAAAUGCUAGUAGAGGAGCACAACAGCAUGAAACUGGAUCAGAGCUGGAAAGGGCUUUUAAAUUUAUGUUAUAGCUACAACCUUGACUUGUCUAACAAUUUGAUACAAACUUGGGAC